CCGGAUUGCGGGGGGGGGGCUUCCUCCUCUUGGCAGGAGCGGCUUUGUGUGGGGCGAGGGGGGAGGCCGAUGGGGUGGCUGCUGCUCCUCCCCCUCUUGUUGGGGGGCUGCUUCGGCUGCUCCAGUCACUCCUUGCGCUACUUGUGCACGGGGGUGUCAGGGCCCAGUCAGGGGCUGCCCCUGUUCAUUGCUGGGGGGUACGUGGACCACCAGCCCAUUGUUCAGUAUGACAGCGAAACCGAGAAGGCUGUGCCCCAAGUUUCCUGGAUGUUGAAAGCAGAGAAGGACAAUGCUCAGUACUGGGAAAAGAUCACCCAGGAAUUCCUCAAGCUGGAUAUGAAAUUCAGCCAGUACCUGCUGGACCUACAGGAUCAAUACAACCAGAGCAACGGCUUCCACACUCUGCAGCUCAUGUACGGCUGUGAACUGAGCCCAGACGGGCGCAAAGAAGGGUAUUACAAUGGGAGGGACUUCCUCACUUUUGAGAAGGAGACCCUCACCUGGACGGCAGCUGACAGAGAGGCCCAAGUGAUGAAGAGGAAGAGGGAUGCAGAGUUGGCCAAGAAGCAGUACCGGAAGGCCUACCUGGAGGAGGAAUGCAUUGAGUGGCUGCAGAGAUACCUGGACUACGGGAAUGAAACUCUGCUGAGGACAGAGCUCCCAGUGGGGAAGGUGACGCGUCAGGCCCUUCCAGACAGCCAGGAGUCCCUCAUCUGCCAGGCCUAUGGCUUCUACCCCAGAGAGAUUGACACCACCUGGAGGAUGGACGGGAAGGUCAUGGAGCAUGCCACUUUCCGCAGGGACGUCGCUCCCAAUUCCAACGGGACCUACCACGCCUGGCUCAGCAUUGACAUGGAUCCCCAGGACAGGAACCGCUAUUAUUGCCACAUAGAGCAUGUCAGCCUAACACAGCCUCUGGUCUUGGCCUGGGAGGAGCCUGCCAAGGGAGGCCAUUCUUUAGCCACUCUGGAAAAUGUUUUGUGGGGCUUGGCUGCUGUGGUGGUACUGGUUGUGGUGGCUGCUGUGAUCUUCUUUGUCCGCAAGAAAGUACGAAUGGGAGCAGCCUAUGAAAGAACCUCAACAAGCAGCCAGGAGCCCGCCAGCUCCACCAGCUCCUCCGUCAGGGACAUUCAAGCCAGCGCAGAAAUAGAAAUGAGGAAUUUUCAACGAGGAGGGAGGCUACCUUCAGAUGACUUCUCUUUAUGAAAUACCUGCCUCCAAACCUGCCCAUCCCAGCGGGGAGAGGCCUCCAGGCUGACCGGCUCCUCAGGGCUGCUUUGAGAUGGGAACGUGGUUGGCAUCCAGAACUAUCUCCCCCUCUGCAGUGAAAACAACAGACUACACAAAAAGAACAAAGCGACAGGAAUUUGACCUCCGAGGAGUCAAAACCCAUUUCAGCCUCUCAAGACACUCCGUUAAGUGACCUUAAACUGGCCGAUCUGCCACCAAAGGAACAGCAAAAGGAGACUGCGAGGCAAAAGGCCCAAAUUACUGGUGCCCAAGAGGUUUGGUGCUAUCAGCUGCAGACUGAAUUGGGCAAAAGGGUUUUUUGUUGCCCCGUGACAGGCAUUGUUAUUGUUCAUUUAUUAAAUUUGUAUGUUGCCCUAUACCCGCAGACCUCAGGGCGGUUCACAGGAUAAAAUCACAACCCAAUAACACCCCCAAACACAUUUAAAAGGUGUGCUGCUGACAGGGGCUCCAGACGCAGGGAAGAAGCCAUCCGGCCUCCUUGCCAAGUCUGUUCCGAGGUGCCCUGGCCAGGCAGGACGUUGGUGCUGAACCCAGAGGAGGAGAGCAGGAGCUCCUAGGGCAAAUGGACUUGCCUCCAGUCCGCAGGCCAGAGAAGAGGCCCCUGCAGUGCUGACCUUUUUGGUCGUCUGCUUUAAUUUCAUACUGCUGAAGGCAUUAUCCAGUCGAUGUGGGUGAUGUAUUAUUAUUAUUAUGUGGGUGGGGAAUGGAAGUGUGUUUCUUCUGCCCAGAGAGAGAGAGUCACAGGAGGAACACAGGAAGUUCCCUUACAUUGGUCCAUCUAGCUCUAUACUGCCUGCACUGACUGGCAGUGGCUGUCCAGGAUUUCAUAAAAGGUUCCCUCCUGGUCCUACCUGGAGAUGCUGUGGAUUGAACCUGGAGCCAUCUGCAAGCAAGGUUCCAGCUCUGAGCUAUGACCCUGAAUGGUUCUCCUCCACUCAUUUUAUUCUCCACAACACCCCUGUGAGGUAGGUUAGGCUGAGAGGCAAUGACUGGCCCAACGUCACCCAGUGAGCUUCAUGGGCGAGGGGGGAUUUGAACCCUGGUCUCCCAGCUCCUAGUCCAGCACACUGACGGUUACAUGACACACACCAGCUCCCAAAUCCUUCCGUUUUCAUGUCUCUUAAGGUGCCCCCUUCCUCCUCCUUCCCGCUCCCCUGGAAAAAGUUCUGCCACACCAAAAUCAGAUUGUCCCGACUGCAAUUCAGUGUGGAUCUUGGUGCUGCCCCAGACCUUCCGCUGCUCACAGACACGUGGGGUGCUAGUGGCCCAGGAAAGGGUGUUAUCUGUGGCAGCUCCUAAAUGGUAGCAUCUCUGCGCACAGAGGUGGGUCUGACUUUACAGCUUCUAUUGUUUGCUAAAAACACUCUUUGUCCUGCCCUUUGGCACCUGAGAUAUGUCCUUUUGAGAUCCACACGACCACUGUGACUGGGAUUUAUAAAAACGGAUUUUAUUGUUGAAUUAUAAGGCCUGCUGCUGAAAUGCAGGUAACAUUUGACUUUUCCUUGCAUGCUGCAUUUAUGUUGCUCAUUUUCAAUUCCUGAAAGGUGUUUUUUUUUAAAAAAAGAAUGAAUGAAUGGUUUUCAAUCUCAAUAAAUUCAGCGUUGGAAUAUCUCUUCCUCCUCCC